UUCCCAUCGGCCUCCGCUUGCGGGUGUUUCAAACAUGGAGGAGCGGGAGCGGCGAGGGGGCUCGGGCCGGGCGGGGAGCCCCGGGAGCCCGCCCAGCCCGCGGCUGGACAUCAACUCGGACCGCUUCGAUCCACUGCUGGCCCUCUAUGCGCCACGCCUGCCGCCCAUCCCCUACCCCAACGCGCCCUGCUUCAACAACCUGGCUGAGUACGAGAGCUUCCUCCGCCUGGGCGGCCGGGGCCGGGGCCGUGGCCGGGCUCGGGGUCUGGCUGGCCCCGGGGUUCCGGGCGCUGCAGCCCCCGGCCCCACUUCGUCUGCCUCCAGCUCGGCGCGCCGGACCUCCCGCCGUCGCGGAGCGCCCGCCCCGGACCCUGAGCGCAUCCAGCGACUCCGCCGGCUCAUGGUGACCAAGGAGGAGCCGGACGCUGGGGGCCCCGGCCCAGGCAGCAGCGGCCGCUCUGGCCGCCGGAGGAAGGCGCCGCGCAACGUCCUCACCAGGAUGCCCCUGCAUGAGGGCAGCCCACUGGGUGAACUUCACCGCUGUAUCCGAGAAGGGGUAAAGGUCAAUGUUCACAUUCGCACUUUCAAGGGGCUUCGGGGUGUCUGCUCUGGCUUCCUGGUUGCAUUUGACAAGUUCUGGAAUAUGGCACUUACUGAUGUAGAUGAGACUUACAGAAAACCAGUUCUGGGCAAAGCAUUUGAACGAGAGCCUCCUCUAACUCUCACCAGGCUCUUUGACCGACUCAAACUUCAGGAUUCCUCUAAAAGGGAAGCUGACUCCAGGUCAAUGGUUGAGGAUUCCACGUUGUCUCGAUAUUCACAGACAUCGACUUGGAAGAUGGCCACGGUGUGGGGGAGAGGAGAUGAGGAUCGGGGAUCACAGAAACGUUCUCGUUCAGCACCUUCUUCACUACUGGCAGCCAGGUCUGACAUGUCAGGCAGGACUACACGGACAGAGGGCUCUAGUGCAGGGGGUUCUAGUUCAAGGGGCCGGUCUCGUAAGAAAAGGCAGAAGCCAAAAGUGGAUUACCAGCAGGUGUUCACACGGCACAUUAACCAGAUAUUUAUCCGAGGAGAGAAUGUCCUACUUGUCCACCUUGCCCAGUGACCAGCUGAGCUUUGAGUAUCUUGUUUUUAAAAUAAACUGCAUGAAAUUGCAUCUGCACUGUGCUUUUUAGCAUCUCUGUGAAAAGCUAAGUUGGAAUGAUUCCCUCUGAUCUUGGAUGUAUAGAGGAAGGAGCUGAGUCUAGGUAUAUCAGUUUGUCCACAAAGAUGGGGUCAGCAAAGAAAGACUUUUUACAAUGAGUGACUAUUCAGAGGCAGAAAGCAUUGUUAUGAAAUAUAGAUCUAUACAUUUAUUCAUAGAUAUAAAUUAGAUUUGGUUUCAUGUGCUGCUAUCAAUACUCUUGAGAGAAACUAGAAAAAGGAUGGCCUUUUUGACUCUGCUAGGGUCAUAGUGUAUCUCUAACUCACUCCAGAUACAAUAGCAUGAAAAGGGAAACCGUUCUUUACAGUGAUGUGGUAUCUCUAUGGUGAGUGCUCAUGGAAUUUCUUUUUAAGAGAUAGUGGUGUGAAUUGUGCUGCCAUCCCUGCACUGACAUAUGCCUUUGGUAUCGUACCAUUCAUCCCUCUGGACUUUCUCCUGAUCAAAGACUACAAUUUAGGAGUUUCAUUGAGCAUUCUUAACACCUGUGGAACCCACCAACUUGGAUUAGGGUGGGAUUUAUACAGGUGGUAGGCUAUAAACACCUAGCUGUAUACCACACUUGGCCUUGCUGUCAUUGUGAAUUUGGUAGCUUAACCCAUAUGUUCACUGUCCUGUUGAAGCUAGUUUCUGGGUAUGGUGGUUCAAGUGGGAAUUGUAUCUUGUCUUCUUGACCUUUUGCUAUCUCUGACUUCUGUGGCAUGCUGGUGCAUGAGCUGCUAUGGCAUGGCAUUUAGUUCAGUAUGAGUUGUCUUGUGAGCUGUGUGGCAUUUGUUGCUGUCGUGCAAAUUGCUGUGCAUAGUCUAGCUUAAGUGGUUUCAGCAUGAACCUAGUAACUUGUACAUAUCUUAACUGCUAGAACUCCCUCUCCUGGAGCUGGGAACAAAGGGUGCUUUUUAGCUUGGCUCUAACGUGAAACUGGGAAAGAUUCUUUCCCCCUCAUAACAGGCCAAAGAGGCUUUUGCAAGCUCUCAUGAUAGGUGGUGGUGUCUCAGUGGGACAUUGUAGCCCAAGAUGAUACAGUGCAACAAGAACACCAGAGAAAUGUCUCUUCCAGCAAACCUGUUGUGCUUCUAUUGGAAUGAUUCUUUGCUCUUUAACUCAGCCAGUGCAGAACAGGCUAUAUCCUGAAACAGACUGUUAGGCAAUAGCUGACUUUUUUUGGGUUGACUGUUUCUUUCUUUUUCCUUCAGCAAGAGGUAGCUUUUAUGCAGAAUGAGAAUAAGUUCAUUAUAUGGUUAGCCAUUCAAGUGUAUGGAAGGGAAAGUUACCCUAGUAUAUCAUGCUAUGUAACUUGUGGCAAAAACCCUUAGACAAGGAAGGGGAGCUCAGGUAUAGAUAACUGACUUGUAGGUCCUGCUGCUCAUUCAUCUUAUGACUGUAGGUAAGUCAAUGUAACCCCUUUCUGCCUCAGUUUUCCCCAUCAGUCAGAUGGGGAGAUAAGACACCUACCUCACAGGGGUAUUGGGAAUAAGAGCCUAAAAAAAGCAAUUUGAGAACAAAGUGUGUUAUAUAAGUGCCAGGUAUGGUUUUUACUAACUCUAACUUCCUUUGCUUUUUAAGGCUUCAUUAUCUUGUGAUCAAGGCAGGUGCUAUAUAAGAUAGUCAUUAUUUGUCAUUAGGGAUAAAGAUAAUCUUCCCGUAACUUUAAAACCAAAAGGCUGUCGGUUCUCAGGAACCACUUGUUGGGAAAGUCUAUGUUCCAUUCCUCAUUUCUAAGGAGUAAUUGUAUUCCUUAAGGAAAUGCCACUAGCAUGAAGACAGUUUGGGAAUCACUGACUCUUCAUCUCUCCCCAUUCUUUGUCUUUUCAUUUGGUAUUUACAAAGUAUUUGCCCUAGACUCUUCUGGGGGUAUAGUGCCAACAAAAGAACAGGUCCCUAAAAGUGCCUCACCUUCAAAGGGACAAUCAUGGGGAGCUUUCUACUCUAAUUUUUAAAUAAAUUUGAAAAUCUUCUAGAACCUAAUUAUAGACACAAUACUUAGAAAAUCAUACAGACAGAAUCAAAUGAAAAUCACAUUUGAAACUUGACAAAAUAAAUGGAUUUAAUUUUAUGAGUCUUAAAACAUUUUCCUAAAAUAGGCUUUAAACAUUUUAUUGGAGGGAAAAUAGGGUAGCAAAUAGGGCAACAUGAGUAUCAGUUCCUCCCCCCAGCCCCCAUCCAAUCAGUAUCACCAUAUUAGCUCCCCUCAAGCUAAAAACUAAUGAAUGCUUACUUUCUCAGAAAACAUAUUCUAGGAAAACAACCAAAGGAUUUGGUAGAAAAUGUGGUUAAUUUUCACUAGUAAUGCUGACUGAUUUCCAUUAGACAGCCUAAUUCUUAAAAAUUGGUAAAUAAUUUCAUAGUUGCAUCUAAAGUCUUCAGGAGCUCACCACUUUUCCAUCCAGGUUCAGAACCUUGUUCAUCUAAAUGAUUUUUAAAAGUUGUAUGUGAUUCAUCUACAUGAUCAUAUGCAUCAUGACUGUCAACUUGGUUGCUUGGGUGCUGAUUCUGCAAUUACUAUCUGGUUAAAAAAAAUUGCAAGAUAGUAUUGUGUUGAAAAACUAAUAAUAGAACAGCUUAAAAAUAACUUAUUUCUUCUUAGAAAAGAAAAAUAAUAUUUUCUCUUUAUUCCUAAAGAAAUAUUUUAAAAGGGAAAAAAUCACUUCCUCAGGCAUUAAUGUAUUGCUCAAAGAUAUAAUCUUUCAAAACUCAUGUUGGUUGCAAUAAAUGUAGCUAAAGGCAUAACUGUCAGAAUGAGGGAAAAGGGAAGAAAAGGGAAAAAUAAAAUUCUUAGAAACGUCUAGUCUAAUUCAUCUAAUAAGAGACCAUAAAACAUUAGUGUAUGUGAUGAACCUGGUUCUAAUAGAGAAUCAUGUUAUUUUGGCAAAAUGAACAUGUGUAUAAUAAAUAAUUUAAACAUUUCAUGAACUGAAACUUCUUUGAAUUAGCUGAAGUUCUUAUUGAUUAUAUUAGAAUAAGAAGGAAGGGAAAUACGUAGUCUCACCUGUUUACCCAAUUAAUUUCAGGGGCCAGCCUCUUCAAAAAGAGUUGUUACUACAAACUCACCAUUAAAUGCAUAUGCACUUUUAGUUCUUUUUCCAGGAAAGGGACAGAUUGCUGCUAUACUAUCCAGGCCCAUUUUGCCCUUUCUGACUUUGGACAAAGAUACAAGCUGAUUGGCCAAGGGUUAGCAAUGGGUGUAAUUUAAGACUUUGAGCACUAUUUUCUGCAUGCAUUGUUUGUAUCAAAUCAGAACAAUAAAUUAGCAAAGCUGGAAGCUAAGAGCAUAGAUAGGUCCCAGUUAAUGCUAACGAGCCCAGCUAAAAGGGUUAUCACUUUCAGAUUUGCACUCUUUAUUUCCAUCGGACUGGAACCAUUGUUUUAAAUAAUUCUAACUUCAGAUAUUACAAAUUCAAAUACAUUUAGCCCCAUUCAGGCAAUUCAUUGUUUGCACUAAUUAGGACCUUUAGGUAUAGAAUUUGUUGCCAAGAAAAGUCAAGACAACCAUGAGUGAGCUCCUCUAUUCUAUCUUUACAGAACUGUAUAGAAAACAUUUAGGCUAGCGGACCUGGCCUCUUCCUGUCUUUCUAGAGAAGGUUAAAUCUCCUGUGAAUUUAGGUGUUUCUUUGGGCUGCUCUUACUCUAGCUGCCAAUAGAAAAGUCAUAUAUUGGAUUAUAUUCUAUAAAUUAUUUCCACAAAUCAAAUUCACCUAAAUGUUUACCACUUAGGAAAGAAGGCAUCCAAAGAUGACAGUCAACCAUUCACUGGUGCUACCCAUAAGUCUUUUUAUUUUACUUUAUUUUAUUUUAUUUUAUUACUUUCCAGGCAAAUUCUAUAAUGAUAUAACUGUUGGUGCAGGAGUAAUAAUGACCUCUAAAUACUCUAUCUUUGGACUUUAUUUCACAAAUGGUACGGUACAGAGAUCAGUGGAAUCCUUCUUAAACAAUAAGGUCUUAAUCAUUUCUUUGGCCUUAGACUCUGUGUUUCACAGUGGCAUACAUAGUCAUUUAGUAAGUGUUUGUUUAAGAAAUUACUGUAGAGUAAUCUCCAGAAAGAUUUCCUCAGUGAUCCCAAACAAGGAAGGCCUAGUCUACCCAGCUGUUGUUGGAAAAACUAGCUAAUCUUUAUUUUUUUGGCAAAUUGAUUUGAUUACAGUUAGACCGGAGAGUUCUGGUCAAAGUUUCAAGGCACAGAAGGAGAAUUAAGAACCCUUUGCCCUGUAUGCCUGAGUCAUCUUGGGUAAAUCUGGAAGGGUUCUUUUUAUCAACUGAGAGAAACAAAAGAUUUAUGUCAAGUGGCAGCUUAGGAUGGUUCAGGAGAUCUAGGGGACAAAAAUUAGUAUAUCAGAAACCUUCGGUCCUUAUAUUAACUCAGAAUGAAAAGUAAUUUUGAUAAGCUUAUGUGAAAGCAUAUGGUUCCCUUUUUUUUUUUAAUCUUUUCUGAAAAGAUGGGAACUAUCUCUCAGGAAAGAUGAAAGCCAAUCCUACUCCUUUUGCACUUGCUUUUUUUGAUUUUCAUAGCUUUGGAGCAAAAUACAACUACAGCUAGUAUUAUCAUCCUGUUAUAUCUGGGGAAAAUAUUUAACAUUUUAAAAGGGCAUUAUUUAAGGUUGGAAUGAUUCUCAAGUGUACUAGUCCCAGAGGCACUCCCUGGGCUGGGACCCAUUAUCCAGUUGUCAUGACAGUAAAGCAAACUGGAGAUGAUUUGGGAAAAGUAGGUUAUUUACCUCCUACACCUGUCUCAAGAACCUUUCUCAUUGGUAUCUUAUCCCCCAUGGGCUCUGUGGAUAUCUAUCUGCACCCUGACUUGUUACUCAUUUUUCUAGAAAAAGCUAAACUGGGGUGAACAUAGUCAUUCCUAUUUGCACUAUUCAGAUAUCAACUAUAAUGGAAAAAACCAUGAGUUGGAAUCUGUUUUGUAAAUUGCUUUUAACUGUCAAGUUCACCUAAACAGUUGCUCUUUAGGGACAAAUUGCUGCUAAGAACCUUAAUGUGAAUCUGCAAUGUUCUGCUUUAGUUAUAAGUACUGUACAUGAAGACUGGAAACUGCAAUAAAUAUGAUUUUAAUAACGCA